CCUUCCACACUGCCCCCCCCACUCACCUACUUGGGUGCUGUGGGGUUGGCGUGCCUCAGUGUUUGAGGCAUACUAUGUUUUUCUUUUUUUCAGGAGAUAAUGGGGGACUCCUGGGGGGUGAGUGGGCUGGUGUGUUUUUGAGUAGGAUCACCACUUAAAAAAAAAUCUGGAAAGGUGCAUGUGGUUUUUGACUUUUGUACAUCAGGCAGGCACUUAACUGGUGAAACUUCCUCUCUCACUGUCCCUUCAUUUCAGUGGGAAACUGCACUUGUUGAUUUUGCAGAUCUUGAGGGUGUGGAGGUUCUCCCACCAGAGCUAAUAAUCCACCUUUGAGAGAAUGCCUAAAACAGUAUUGUUGUUGUUGCUGUUAUUUAUUAAAUUUAUAUCCCACCCUUCCUCCCAGAAGGAGCCCAGGGCGGCAACCUUUAGCCUUUUCAGAUCUGGGUCCUAUCUUUAGCCCAGUUGUGCAUUUAGGACCCAUUUCUUAAUUUUAUUUUAACCAUAUAUCUGUAUUGUUUAUCUUAUUUAAAGCAUUUAUAAACUGUAAUAUUUCAAAAAACUCUCAAGGGGAAUAGGGUGUGGUGGUAGUGGUGGUGUUGCAACCACCUUGAAUUAGGCUGCAACCUGGUUGUGGGUCCUGAAUCCGAUCCAUUAUCUUAGACCAGUUGCCUAAAGUACAGGGGCUGCAGUGUCAUGUGAAGGUCCUAGGAUCGUGGAUGUGUACAAAGGAUGUUCAGCUGGUUUUCCCUGGUGCAGAGCUGAUGGCGUCUGCCUCAAGGAUUGUUGGUGCUCAGUUGCUGCAGCAGCAAGGUUGCGGGAGCUGCCUGCCCCCCUGCUCACUAAAUGAUGAGGAUCUGGCUGCCUAUCCUGGCUUGGUUAACCUCCUUAUGGGCCUGACUAACCAUAUGGAUUCUAGUGGGCUCAGCAUCAACUUGGCACAACAAAUGGAGGAGGCAAGGAAGGAAUUGCGAUUAUGUCGCGCAAACUGGCUAAAGUGGGAAGUGGUACACCGGCUUCUGCAGGAGGCACUACGGGAUUUGGGAACUGGCCUGGCCCCACGGGACAGAAAAUUCCUUGAAGUCCUGGAGCAGCAGGUUGUGGUAGCUGAGCUGAAACGAAUGCUUGAUCUUGGCCCUUCUCUGCAAGGCACACAGCCAUCUCUCUUGGGUUUGGAGUCCUCCGAUGUAUUGGAGCUUCUUCCCCCUAACCAAGAGGUAGAACAAAUGCGAAAAAGCCUUCCCAUGGAGCUGGAGAAACGUCUUAAGUCCAAAUGCUUGUCUGUGCUCAGUUAUUACCGUCCUGAGAGUGAUGGUGCCGGUGAGAUUGCACGGACAGCUAUGUUGGGGACCUUGGCUGAAAGUCUGGCUGCAGAGAAGCAGCGCCUGCAAGAAGCCCACGCUCGGCACCAAGAGCUUGUGGGGUUACUGGAGCAGCAGAAAACUGCCUAUCCUCAGGUCUUGUUACGCUGCUUAGCUAUACUGAAACGCUUGGCCCGUGAACAUCGUCUUGGUGCCCAGUCGGAACUCGACCGUCUCAACACCCAAUACCUGGAGAUCAAGUGCAGUGCCAUGUUCCUCAAGAUACGGCUUGAGGAGCUGAACAUCCUUCUGGAAACCUACACACCUGAGAAAGUGGAUGUGCAUCGGACGAUGAGGGAUACUCUGCAGGCAGCAGUGAGCCAAGAAGAGCAACAGCUGGCUACUUCUUGCAAGAUCCUCUCCAACUAUGAGACACUGGGCCCUGAGUUUGAAGAACUAGUCAAGGAGUAUGCCCGGCUGCAGGCCAUCAUUGAGAAUAGACGCUGGGUCCUAACUGAAUUCAACAAAGACUGAGAUUGCCGUGGACCUGUUUGAGUACUGAAUAGACAAAUAAAAUUUGAAGGCAAACUAGUUAA